AUGCCAAGGCGUGGGCGGGCUGCGAGGAGACAGUCCUCGCCUACCCCCGCCGCGCCCGGGCCUCCGUGGGGCUCGAGAGGGGCUGGGGCUCCGGGGAAGGGGCUGGAGGUUCGCGGAGCGCGCGGCUCCAUCCCUCCGCCCCGAUGGGGGCGGGGAGGGGCGCUGCAGCCGGCGCUGGCUGGAAAGGCAGCUCUCUGGGGAGGGGUCUCCGUGUCGGCGGCGCAGCAGGCCGGGGAGGGAGGUUGCCUAGGAGAGGGGCCGGGGCCGGCGGCGAGGCGAGGGGCGGGGGCGCGCUCGCCCCUCCUCGCGCGCCAUGACUGUGGAACGUGGUGCCGGGGAGGAGGGCCGGCCGCCGGGGGCCGCCCGGGGCUGCUCGGCAUUGGUGCGGAAACCCGAGCCCGGAGUCGCUCCCUAGCGCUGUCUCCUCCUCCUCCUCUGCGGGGGAAACCGCUGCACCCAGCCCGAGAGCAGCUGCGAGCAGGGGGCAGGGCGCGGGCUGAAAGGGAAAUCGCUGCGCCCCUCUCCCCAAAGCCCGCUCCCGGGCCCUUCGCCGCCUUCCCUUUCCCACCCCCACCCGGGAGCAUGGGUGUGGACAGGGCGCGGGAGGGCUGUAUGGGAGCUCAAAGCAUGAGGUCAUGGGCGCCGGGGAGGCUGCCGCCAAAAGCCGCCGAGGGUUUUGUGCUUUUUGAGGGCUGGAGGGGUCUUUCCAAAACUCACGACGCCCCCCGAGCCCUCCCCGCUGCUCUCAGAAUGAAGCCGCGCUCCGAAGCCCCUGCGCGAACUCGCCCCUGCAGACCUCUGCACAGCUCUCCCUCGCACAGUGUAAGCCCCGUCGUGCCUCCUUUGUUCCGGGGGUGGGGGUUGGGGUGGGGGGCCCAACCCUUUCCCGUCCACCUCUUACUGACUGCGGCCAGACCUUCGGGAUUGCCUCAGCUGUCACCACCUCCAAGAAGCCUUCCUGCAGGCGCACCCUCAUCUCUAACUCCGGUAGGGCUACGAGGUGCACCCAGACGUCGUGGCGGAGGGGCUGCGGCCCUUCUCCAAGCCACGGAGGAGCGGCCGGGCUACAGCGUCAUCUCUGCCCCGGGGGCCCGCGCUCCCAAGCGGGAGUUGGCCGGGACGGAGCCUCAGAACGCCCAGGUUCCUCUGAGGACCUGGGGCGAGCAGCGCACCGCCCACAAACCUCAGCCCGCGCCCCUCCCACCUCCUGCACACACCCGUAGUGGGAGGAGAGGUCCUUUCCAUCUAAAACUCCUCCCUGGGGCCGAUAAGGACCUGAGCUUGGAGAGAGAGUAG